AUGACGUCUCCUGAGAAACCGUGGACAAUCAUCGUCGGUGCUGGACCAUCUGGCCUGCUUCUGGGUCUGAUGCUGGCGAAGAAAGGGGUCACUGUCCAUAUCCUGGAGGCCGCUGGUGAAUUGGAUGACUCUCCUCGCGCAGCGUAUUAUGGUCCUCCGGCCGCGUAUGAGUUACGCCGUGCUGGAGUCAUUGAUGACAUUCGAAAGGAAGGGUUUGAUCCGGUAAAGACAUGUUGGAGAAAACUCGACGGCACUUAUCUUGCUGGGUUCGACAACACCCUCAUGCAUGACGACCCAGAUCGUCUGGCGUGUCUGCCAUUGGCGCAACUCGAUCGAUUGCUGUACAGACACGCCAUUCAGCAGCCCAGUCUGAAAGUGUUCUUCAACCACAAAGUGAUGGAUGUUGGUCAGGACGAUGACAAGGCAUGGGUGGAUGUUGAGACUCCCGAGGGCCCAAAACGUCUUGAGGCAACUUACAUCGUAGGUUGCGAUGGUGCAUCGAGCACAGUCAGAAGAAAGCUGUACGGUGCAAAGGAUUUCCCUGGUUACACCUGGGACAAACAGAUCGUGGCGACGAAUGUGGCGUACCCUUUCGAGAAAUUUGGAUACGACGAUGCCAAUUUCUUUAUUCAUCCAGAGCACUGGCAUAUGGUCGCCCGUCUCACCAAAAAUGCAGACGGCAGCGGCUGGUGGCGUGUCAGCUACGGAGAGAUCUCUGGACUCACUCGAGAAGAACUGAUUGCACGGCAACCCAUGAAAUACGAAGCCAUGUUGCCCGGUCAUCCCAAGCCAGGAGAGUAUGACCUUGCGGCGAUCAGCCCGUACAAGAUCCAUCAGCGCUUGGUGGAGAAGAUGCGAGUUGGCAGGUUUAUGCUCGCUGCAGAUGCUGCACACAUCUGCAACCCUUUUGGUGGUCUCGGGCUCACCGGCGGUCUUGUGGAUAUCGGUGGCUUAUAUGACUGCCUGAUUGGCGUUUAUGAGGGUAAAGCGGAUGAAAGUAUACUUGAUAAGUAUUCCGAGAUGCGGCGGCAGAGAUAUCAGACAGUUACGGAUCCCAUCUCCACGGACAACAUCAAACGACUGUAUGAUCAAGACCCGGACAAAGCACUCGAGAAUGAUUCGUUUUUGAAGAUGCUCAAGGAUAUCGAAGGCGAUGUGGAAGCCCAGCGAGAGUUUAUGCGGUCGCCUAUGGCGCUUCGAUACGACUUUACUCAACAUUAUAACACCGCGAAGAACGGAAGUCAAGCAGGGGAAGUCAAGAAUGGAGCUGUGACGUCGCAAGUAGAGCAGGUGGCUGUGGCGGGAACAGAUUGA